CAUCUGCAACACUCACAAGCUCGAGAGAGAGAGAAACUAUGAUCUGCUCCAAUGGUUUACCGAGUAAAUGUGCAGGAUUAAUUUGCAGCCUACGGAUUCGUUGCGCACACGCUAUUCAUCAGACGGAUUUUUAAUCCCGAUUGCUUGUUUUCUCUGAAAGACAUUUAUCUACAGAAAUCUGAAUUAAAGCAGACGAAGGUGAUUAUUGUGUGAAUACUCGAGCAUCACAGGAUGGCUGAUGGCAGCGCUGAAUGCAACAUCAAGGUGUUGUGUCGCUUCCGACCCUUAAAUCGCUCUGAAAUUCUCCGUGAGGAUAAAUUUAUCCCUUCAUUUCAAGGAGAUGAUACUGUCAUCAUUGGGAGCAAAUCGUAUGUCUUUGACAGAGUUUUUCCUACAAACUGCACGCAGGAGCAGGUGUACAGCGCCUGUGCUAAGCAGAUUGUCACAGAUGUUUUGGACGGAUAUAACGGCACCAUCUUUGCUUACGGACAGACAUCUUCUGGUAAAACUUACACCAUGGAGGGAAAACUACAUGAUCCUAACGGCAGGGGAAUCAUUCCUAGGAUUGCUGAAGACAUCUUUAACCACAUUUACACCAUGGAUGAAAACCUGGAGUUUCACAUUAAGGUUUCAUAUUUUGAAAUCUACAUGGAUAAAAUUCGUGACCUACUUGAUGUGACUAAGACAAACUUGGCUGUUCAUGAAGAUAAGAACAGAGUUCCCUAUGUGAAGGGCUGUACCGAGCGUUUUGUCUCCAGUCCUGAAGAAGUGAUGGAUGUCAUUGAUGAGGGAAAAAGCAAUCGGCACGUUGCUGUUACAAAUAUGAAUGAGCACAGCUCCAGGAGUCACAGCAUAUUUCUCAUCAGCAUCAAACAAGAACACGUGGAGACCGAACAGAAACUCUGUGGGAAACUUUACCUGGUGGACCUCGCUGGAAGUGAGAAGGUGAGUAAGACGGGAGCUGAAGGGUCAGUCCUGGAUGAAGCCAAGAACAUCAAUAAAUCUCUGUCUGCGUUGGGAAAUGUUAUAUCAGCUCUGGCCGAGGGCACAAAGACUCAUGUACCAUACAGAGACAGUAAAAUGACUCGGAUCCUGCAGGAUUCACUGGGAGGAAACUGUAGAACCACCAUGUUUAUCUGCUGCUCACCAUCAUCCUUCAAUGAUGCUGAGACCAAAUCUACACUCAUGUUUGGACAACGUGCAAAGACUAUAAAGAACUCAGCGUCUGUGAAUGUGGAGCUCACCGCUGAGCAGUGGAAGAGAAAAUAUGAGCGAGAGAAAGAGAAGAACAAGAGCCUAAAGGAGAAUCUACUGAGACUGGAGACAGAACUUCAGUGCUGGAGGAACGGUGAAUCUGUAUCAGAGACCAAUCUCAGUGGUGUUAUUCCUCUUCAUUCUGAUCUCAGUGACGAAACACAUCUAGACAAUCACAACAAUACUCAAACAAACUCAACAUCUGACAAACUACCAGAGGAUGAGAUACAAAAUCUUUACAAACAACUCGAUGACAAGGACGAUGAGAUUAAUUUACAGUGUCAGCUGAUUGAGAAACUAAAGAAACAGAUGCUGGAUCAAGAAGAGCUGUUAGCAUCAUCUGAAGGUGACAGUGAGCGUGUGCAGUGUGAAUUAAGUCGUCUGCAGACCGAGAGCGACAGCGCUAAAGCAGAAGUUAAAGAAGUUCUUCAGGCUCUUGAGGAGCUCGCUCUUAACUAUGACCUGAAGAUCCAAGAGGUUGAAGAUAAGACCGUCCAUAACCGACUGCUCACAGAAGAACUCGCUCACAAAACUUCGGAUGUGAUGUGUUUGGAGGCGGAGUUUUCACGGCUACAGGAAGUGAGCGGUCAGCAGAGGAAACGCAUCACUGAAGUAUUAAACAUCCUCAUGAAGGAUCUCAAUGAUUUCAGCUUUAUUCUGGGAAAUGAGGAUAUCAGACUGCCGUGUGAUCUAUCAGGUGUGUUGGAGGAGGAGUACGCUGUGGUUUGUGUGUAUGUUAGUAAAAUCAAAUCUGAGUUGAAGUCGGUGGUGAAGCGCUGUAGACAGCUGGAGAGUCUUCAGUCUGACUGUCAUCGUAAGAUGGAGGAGACGGGUCGAGAACUGUCAAGCUGUCAGCUGCUCAUAUCACAGCACGAGGCAAAGAUCCGCUCCCUGACAGAGUACAUGCAUAAUAUUGAACUCAGAAAGAGACAACUGGAGGAAAACUAUGACUGUCUGAGUGAAGAACUCGCCAAACUACAAACUACAGAGAGCGUUUCAGAGGAUCAACAGCGCACUGAGGAGUCUGGACGUGUGAAGCAGAAAAGCGACGUUCAGCGUGAGCCUCAACACAAGCAGCUGGGACGUCUGCGUGAUGACAUCAACCACAAACAGAAGAUCAUCGAUGAGCUCAGAGAUGAUAAUCAGAGGAUGGGUUUAGAGCUGGAACAGAUGAGAGUCGAGUUUACUGCGCUCAAGAACCGAGAACACGAGAGGAGCAUUCAGCUGAAGGAACUCAAAUAUCUGAAUGAACGUCAUGAGCAGGCUAAACAGGACAUGAAGGGUUUGGAGGAGACGGUUGCCAAAGAACUUCAGACUCUUCACAACCUGAGGAAGUUAUUUGUUCAAGACCUCACGACUCGAGUUAAACAGAGCUCUGAGAUGGAUCCUGGUGAUAGUGGAAGCUGUUCAAUCCAAAAACUGAAGAUUUCCUUUCUUGAGAACAACCUGGAUCAGCUUACAAAAGUUCACAAACAGCUGGUUCGUGAUAAUGCAGAUUUGCGUUGUGAACUUCCGAAGCUGGAGAAACGUCUUCGCUCUACGGCUGACAGAGUUCGUGCUUUGGAAGAGGCAUUGAGGGACACAAAAGAAGGAGCAAUGAAAGAUCGCCAUCGCUAUCAGCAGGAAGUCGAGCGCAUUAAAGACGUCAUCAGGGCCAGAAAUCCAUUUAGACGACCUCACGCCGCUCUGAUUGCCAAACCGAUUCGUCCAGGUCAUUAUCCCGCCUCCCUGUCUGUCAAUCAUAUGUUUUCACACAGCAGAGAUCAACCAAUCACCUUCAACAAUGCGAUAUUCAACAGCGUCAUGCAAAAAAACAAAUCAACAUCAGUAAAACCUGACACGAGCACCAGGCUGUCAGAGGAAGGGAGACUCAUUACAGUAAAUCCAACUGAAUCCAUGGACUCGACUCAGACCCUGAACAUCUCUAACGGAAACGUCAAUGAUAACAGUGAAGAAUCUCCAUCCAUCCCUGAUCAUCAGAUCAGAUCAACUUCAACAGAAACACAAUGUUCAUGAACAACAACAACAACAACAACAACACACUGUCAGUUAAUCACAGAUUUGACUGAAUUCUCUUCUGUAUGUUUGCAUGUUAGUUGCCUGCCUGCAGAUCUCAGUGAUGCUCUGUAUAUCUUUCAUAUAGCCUGACACACACACGCACAGGCACACACAGUAAAUAAAACAGUAUACAGUACAGUAAAUAAAACAAUGAAACAGUUUGUGAUGUGAAGAGAAACAUCAAACACAUGGCCAGCAGAGGGCUCUGUACUUCUUAAAUGUUACUCAGUCUAAUGUACAGUACUGUAAAGUGAUCCUCUAGUGCAGUGGUUCCCAAACUUUUUCAGCGUGUGGCUCCCCUUGUGUACGGUGCAUUCCUUCGCAGCCCCCCAAAGAAAAUUUGUGGCAAAAAACUGUUCUAAAACUCAACAUUUUAUUACAAAAAAAAAAAAACAUUAAAUUAUACAAAAAAGUAGUGCUUUUGGUUAGUAGCCUUAUUUUUUUAGGUUUAAUUACACACAAUUCAUGAUAAAUUAAUGUAUUUCAUAAAAUGUCAUAAAACUGGGGCCCCCCUGGCACCAUCUUGCGGCCCCCAGUUUGAAAACCACUGCUCUAGUGUACAUCAUGUGUAAGAUAAUGUAGUGUAAAGGUGAAAGGUGUUUUUAAGUCAAAUAAAUCUGAUGAAUAUGGGUCAUUCUCACAAAACAACACAUUUCAGAAUGUAAAAUAUUUAUUACAGACCUGUAGUGUAUCAGGAUUUAUUUAUUAUUUCUAAACUUUAACACUGUCUGUCUGCAAUACUUUAGUCACAGUUAUUAUUAAUACUAAAAAUCUGCAUAUAUAACUAGACUUAAUAUCAGUUAGAGAUCAGCGUCACCCAACCUGUCCCUGGAGGCACCAACAGUGCACUUUUUGGAUCUCACCCACAUCUGAUCCCAGUAUUUCCCAUAAUGAGCUGAUGAGUGCAUCCAGGUGUGUUUGAAUGGGAAGAGUUGGGAAAUGUGCAUCCAGGAACAGGGUUGGGAAAUACUACUGCUGAUGACACAUUAAGCUAAAUAUUCCCUUUUAAACAUUAUUCAUGGUUAAAGGUCAGUGCAGAAAUGUCUAGCAAAUACUGCAACAUCAUUGUGUUUACAGAAGUUGAAAUAUCAAUCAAAUAUUCAUAUAGUAAUAAACUUAAUAAAGAUAAGCAGAUUAUUGAUUCCUGAGAAUGACUCAAAUAUAAAUCCACAGACGUUAACAUGUCUAACUGUUUAAUGUGAAGUUCUGAAGCUAUUUGUAUGUUGUUGUUAAUAUUUUUAUACUCAUAUUUAAAUGACACAGAGUAACAUUACAUUAGGCUGGGUAUUUGUUAUGCACAGAUUUGUUUGUAUUAUUUAGCUGUUUAUCAGUAUUGUUGUAUAACUAAAAACUAUAGAGGGAGUUGGAAAUGUAGAAAACUGUUUAUGAUAGCUAUUUAUUAUUCAUAAAAGUACGAGAACUGAAUGAAUUAAGAGCGGGUCAGAUGAUCAAAUAUAUUAAUACAUAUAUUAUACAAAAAAGAGGAAGAAAGGUCAAGUAGAAUCGAUUUUUCAUUUAUACAUUUAUACAUGACAUGUCAUUUAUAGUAAGUGGGUACUGUCCAUAAGAUGUUGAAUUAAGAAUAUAAAACACUUAGUGUUUUAUAAAACAAAUAUCAUUUCUAUAGAGACUAACCGACAUUAUUUGUACAGUGUUUUAUCUCAAAGGUUUCUAAUGGAAAACUGUACUUUGCUACAAAUUUGCCCCACAAAAUGAAUCAGACACAUCAGUCAGUGUGACCUGUGAUCAGAUAAAGAAUCACGUGGCAGAUUUCUAACUCUUUAUAUCCUGAUCUACCAGUCAAGAGAAAUCUGACAGAUAUGAGUGCAAAUUAAAAAAGUGAUUUCAGACAUUUUCCUGAUUAUAAACACACAAUAAAUUAACCUUGCCCACAAAAAACCCUGCAAUGAUCAUAAGCCAAUCCAGUGUCUGCACAAAUAUAAUAUAAUAAACUAUUUGAUCUUUCAUGAUUGUAAAAGCAGGUAUAAUGCAUGUCGAGAGUAUAAUGUAUUAAUGAUUUGCUAAUUUAAUGUGUUAUAUCAUCUUUAGCUUUUUUAUGUACCUGUAACUAUUUUUACACUCAAUGGCCCUUAUUUAUCAUUCUUGCGUAGAAACGGGUGUAUAUGUUGGCGUAAGAUUAUGCUUACACUCCUCUCACCGCCUGAUUUAUGAAACUGUGCGUACCGAUGAUAUUCAGGUGUACGCAAUAUCUGCCCUUCAUAAAUGCCGCGGCUAAAAACGAUCGUCAUUAGAAUAACACGCCCAUAUAAAUUCAAGUCUCCGCCUCCCCCACGCCCUCAUUUUACGACAUUGACACAUGGAAGACGGCAAAGAAGACAAACCGGGGAAGUGGAAAGAAACAAAAUUAUUUUAUUUGGGAGUUUAAAGAGCGGGAUUAAAGACAUUAAUAAUUGCAUGACAUUUUGUAAUAUUUGUAUUAUUAUUUUUAUUAUUAAUGACGCUUAAAUGAUAUUUAGAAGAAUAAUUAUUUAUUAUUAUUAUUAUUAUUAUAUUAUUAUCAUUAUUAUUUACUGUUGCCUACAUCUAAAUUAUAUGUCUGCUUAAUGGUUCGGUUAAGUUUUUUUUAAAAUAAUAUUUUAAAAUGAUGUAGUAACUUUUGUAGUGUGUUUUUCUGUAUUUACAUACAGUUGUUUGUUAGCUAAGAUCCAGUUUGAUACGGAGCUCCGGAUAUAAUUCAAAUUAACAAUUUGUUGCCACGACAUCCACAUGUUUUACUAAGCUAUUUCAUAAUUUGAAGUAAUAAUACUUGUAAUAGUAAUUACAAAAUAUUAUAAUAAUUAAUUCCAAGGAACAAACUGUUGAAUAUUGGGAACUAAUUUUAUAUUUAUGGCCAUACUUUAGACUAAAUAAGAAAAGGAAGUGUCCAUAAUGUAGCAUAAAAGAUAAUUCGUGGCCAUGAUUUUGUCCGCAUGUUAUCAUAUGAUCGGAUUUAUGGCUCCAUUCAACACAAGCAUUUUACCUUUCCUAUUAAUGUGUAGCUAUUUAUUUAUCAUCGAAUGGUAUGUAACUAGCUUACCUUUUGAUGCAUUAUUACCAUGUUUUCGUAGCAGAUCCUUGUGCUUUCUUGC